CUUCUAUUAUGACAUAAGGAGAAUUAGAAAAAUGCAAGUGCCUGCGUACGAACUUUAAUGCCAUAUAAACACGAUGGCACCAGUUGCCCAACAACUUCGAAAGUGUUUGGAUUUGUUGUUGUUGUUGGCAUGCGGUUUUAUUUAAUUUUCUGCUUAUUGUUAUGCUGUCAUCUUUGAAUUUUUGUGCAGUUGUUUUGUUGUGAUUUUAAUGUGGCUCCCACUUUCUGCGCAGCAAAUGUGCCAGUUUUAAGUGCCGCUACGUGCUCAAGUGUUCAAAUCUGCUGCGGCGCUGUUACUAGUUCUACAGCUUUGCGUUUCGCUAAGCUAAAAGAAAGGAAAAAAACAUCGCCAGUGCAUUAUUGUUACAACACUGGUAGCGUCGCGUUUUUAUGUGCGUAUGCGUCCGCCUCCUGUCCUUUGUUAAGUAGGAACAGUGCCGGAGUCUUUGGCGUGCGCGUGCAAGCAUAAAUUUCGUUGACUCUAAAGUAGUCGUGGGACGGCAAGUCCAGGCGCGUUAAUUUUAUUGCUUGCAUUCGGCUAUAAAAUGUAAAAUUGGCGUGCGCAAAUAUAUAACAUCAUAAUAAACGCGUCUAAAUGUUGCCGCUCCGCUGUCGUAAAGUGAAAAUGUUGAUGUGCAUGUGAAAAAUUUUGUCGGUGACAAACCAAAAAAUUUUAAGAAACACUUCGGGUGUGAUAUCCUCAGAGUCCCAAAGCUGUCGCAGUGCCGUUAAGCAGCAAAUCUUUAAAAAUUUGUGAGGAUAGCCUCUUGCUAAAAAUCUGUUAUAAGCGGAGCCUUCCCAUAAAAAAGACCUAACUAGACUAACUAGAGCUACGGUGGACGCUUGUGUACAAAUAAUCAAGCAGAGAGGACAAUACCGCCAAAAUGCGAAAUUUAAUUGUCCGCAGUGGCGGCUUUGAAGACUUUCGCUCCUUUUAUAAUCGUACUCCUGGCACUGGCACAAAGACGCACACAUAAUGUGCUGCGGCAAUGAGAACAUCAUAAUCCUUGCAAUUCUACCGAGUAGCAACGACAACGCCACAAACAAUUUGAGCUGAUUUACUGCGGCGCACGUGACAGAGUCGCAGCCAGAACCUGAACCACAGAGACAAAACCACACAUACCGCAAUCAUAAUGGAUGCAGUAGGAAGCGCGACAAUGUGGCGGCGACGCAAGCCAAUAACAACAGCAACUACCGCUAAGCCACUUUACCACCCAGCAACGUUGACUUUAGUCAUACUGUUGUUCAACAUCACCUCGGCGGCGCUAACUUUAGCUGCAGCAUUGGGCACGACAAGCGAAGCGGCAAUUCAGCACAGCAACAUAACCAACAAUAUUACAACAAGUGCAACAAAAGCACACAUUAAUGCCACAACCGAAGUUAGUUCGACUCCACCAACUACCGAGGCGCAGCUAAAAACUGUACUAACCACAACGCCGGCAACGAGCGCGGCGACUACGAUGAGCGCAAGCACGAUGAGCACGACCAUGAGUAUGCAUCGAGGCGGCGGCGUGGAUGUGCGCUAUGAGGUCGAACAUAAAGAUGACUUAAUCAACGAUCCAUAUGUGCAGAUCGUCUUCUGCGUCAUCUAUACGACCGUCUUCGUGUUGGGCAUAUUUGGCAAUGCCCUCGUUUGCUAUGUCGUCAUACGCAAUCGUGCCAUGCACUCAGUUACGAAUUACUUCAUAACGAAUCUAGCGAUCUCCGACAUAUUGCUCUGCGUGCUGGCCGUGCCAUUUACGCCGCUCUACACCUUCAUGGGCCGUUGGAUAUUCGGCGCUACAAUGUGUCAUCUGGUAUCGUAUGCGCAGGGUUGCAGUAUAUAUCUGUCGACCUUUACGCUGACAGCGAUAGCUGUGGAUCGUGUAUUUGUAAUCGUGUUCCCCUUCAAGCCGCGCAUGCAAAUACGCACCUGCUGUUAUACGCUCGCUUUUAUAUGGUGCUUCUCCUUGGUGGCCACUAGUCCCUAUGCCUUAUAUAUGCGCGUUGUUGUGGCGCAUGUGAAGAAAAAGUAUGUGAAUACCGGUGAGACGUUCAUUGCGAAUAGUACAAAUAGUCUGCGCGAUCAUCUGAAUGCCACAACCACACCUUACGGUAUUUAUCUGCUGACCGAUGCGAUUACGACGGUGGCUUCGGUAACUGGUGUCAAACUUAAUUUAGACGUUUCACCGGACGCGGAGGAUGAUGAUGACGAUGUCACGAUAUACUGCGAGGAGAAUUGGCCAUCGGAGAGUUUUCGCCGUGGUUUUGGUAUUUUGACAACGCUCGGUCAGUUUGUCGCACCGUUAGGCGCGAUUACGGUAUGUUAUAUUUGGGUGUCGGUGCGUCUGAAUAUGCGCGAACGCUGUCGGCCUGGCGCUAAAUCGGCGGCGCGCGAUGCAGCCGAUCGUGAACGUAAGAAGCGCACAAACUUCAUGCUAAUCGCGAUGGUUGGCGUGUUCGCUUGCUCGUGGUUACCGAUGAAUAUUGUCAAUAUGGUUGAUGAUUUCUAUGACAAAUCGAAUGAUUGGUCUUUCUACACAUUCAUCUUCUUCAUAACGCAUGCGCUGGCCAUGUCGUCCACUUGCUACAAUCCCUUUUUGUACGCUUGGUUGAAUGAGAACUUUCGCAAAGAGUUCAAACAUGUCUUGCCCUGCUUUAAUCCAUCCAAACAUCGUCAAGUGAAUCGUCACUGUUAUAAUCGUUCGGAUCGCAAUACCUGCGAGGGCGGUCGGCGUCGCAAUGAUAUGAGCAAUGGCGUCGGUGUGAGCAUAGAUAUCGAUGAGGGCGAUGAUGAUGAGCAUGAGAAUGGCGUUACGCAGGAGACAUCAUUGGCCAGAGUGAAAGACAAGUGCACGAGCGAGACACUCGAACUGACUUGUAGCAAUAGUGGUGAUGUCUUAACGUCGAAUAAGUGUUGUAAUACGGUAAUGGUGCAUGGCACGCAUGUGGUGGAUAUCACUGUGAAUGGCAAGGGUCAACAUGAUAAUUGUAAUAAUGCGCUGGAUGAGGAUUGUGUGUCGGGUGAUGAGCAUACCGUAGAGAUGCAUUUUACGGAGACGGCGUUCGUGAGUUUGGACAAUGGCAAGGAUAUUUGCCUGUUGGAAGCUGGCUGCAACAAAGAGGUGGGCGAGCAAAUUUUUAACUAAUGACGGGUGAUCGAGACACAUUUCUAAAACUGAGAAUGCGUUCUAAGGCCAAAGGAAACACAAAUUAGUCAGCCAUUUGUAAUAUAAUCUUUUAAGCAAAACUCAGUUGUGGACAUUUUAAAAAUUUAGUUUAAGUAAUUGUAUUUAAAUAGGACAUUAAGUACAAAAUAUGAAAUUAUUAAUAAUUUAUAAAGGUUAGUAUUUGAGUAAGCCAACGAAAAAGUAACACAGUUAGCAACCAGCGAAAUGCAAAAAUUUGUGUAAAAAUAAAUAGCAGAUACAUUUUUGCAUGAGAUAAAGGUUUAACUAUAAAUAUAUCUGUGUAUAUAUUUAUUGAAUGAUCUGCUAUCUUUUCUGUCCAUACUAAUAUCCAUUUACUUCAGCUUUAUUACUUUUUCAAAUUUUCUUUAAGAAAGAUUUGAUGAAUUUUUGG